AUGGCGGCCAUUGCGUCGUCCUCCGCCGUGCGCGUUGCUGCCUUCUCCCUGAAGGCCAACAGCCAGAAGAAGCUCAAUGGCAGCAGCUUCGUCGCUGGCGCGCCCCUCCGGGUGUCGUCCUCCGCCAUCUCCUCCCGCUUGACAAUGGCGGCGGAGGCUCCCGAGGGCUUCUCUCCUCCCGAGCUGAAGUCUGACACUCCCUCCCCGAUCUUCGGUGGAAGCACUGGCGGCCUUCUCCGUAAGGCUCAGGUCGAGGAGUUCUAUGUCAUCACCUGGGAGUCUAAGAAGGAGCAGAUCUUCGAGAUGCCCACCGGUGGUGCCGCCAUCAUGAGGUCCGGCCCUAACUUGCUGAAGCUCGCAAGGAAGGAGCAGUGCCUCGCUCUCGGUACACAGCUCCGCACCAAGUUCAAGAUCAACUACCAAUUCUACCGAGUGUUCCCCAGCGGUGAGGUCCAGUACCUUCACCCCAAGGAUGGUGUGUACCCCGAGAAGGUGAAUGCUGGCCGUGCCAACGCGAACGUGAACCUCCGCUCUAUUGGCAAGAACGUGGAUCCCGCAGCUGUGAAGUUCAGUGGCAAGCGCGCCAUUGAUCUAACCACGCGAAACUGCCCACCUGCCCGCCUGCCCGACUGCACACCUGCCCGCCUGCCCAGCCUACCCCCUCCCACUGACCCAUGCUUUGCUGUUCACGUGCCGCUGGUUCAAGCUGUUGGGGAAGGAGUUGCGGCGCCGAUUCCCCGGCUGAGUGAGGACAAGACACCCCCUUCCCUACCCUCUCCCACCCCUCCUCCCCACCACCGCGGAAGGUCAACCGUCCCCGUAGUCUGUACCGCAUCCCUUCCCUCCAUCCCCCCACUUCAUCUCCUCCCCAUCCCCUCUCCCUCCCCAUUCCGUCCCUUCCCCGACCCUGCCCUACCCCACGCCCUCCCUGCGCCGACCUUUCCUUCCCCCGAUUCCUCCGCGCAGCCGUCGUGCGCGGCUGAAUUCGAGCCAGACGAAGGCCCGCAGCCGCAGCUGCUGCUAAUUAAGAUUUCCGGAACUGGCUUGGGCUUGCUCCGCCAAGCGCCGUUCCUGCAGCUAUCCACCCCCGCGGCGCAACGCGAGGGGAUAGGCGUAACAGGUGGCGCGCGGAAGGGCGCGGGGGAAGGGGGCAGUGGCGGAAGGGAUUUAUGGGUUGCGGGGGGGGAACAAGCGGGGGGCGGCGGAGAGGAAGCGGUUGCGGGGGGAUGUGUGGCAGGAUUCGGUGAGGGGACAGAGACGGGGGAAAAUGAGGGGCAGUGCGGGGUUGGGGGAGGGGAGGAGAGGUUGGAGGGGUGCGGGGAAGCGGGGAAAGCGGCAGGCAUGGGGGUAAUGGUAAGAGAGAGCAAUUCGUGCAGCAGUAGCAGCAGCAGCUGCGUGGCGGGAUAUGCGGAGGGAAUUCUUAACCCCCAGGAGCAGCAGGAGCAGCAGGAGCUAGAAUUGCGCGGUCCCUCUGUUCCCGAGCAGCAGGGUUCCGCCGCUACACGCGCGGAUAGCGAUAUUUACUUCCCCCAGGGGGGAUCUACUUCCCCCUCUGGUGGCGCUGACUUGCCCCUCGAAGGGAGUGCGGAGAGCUCUGCAGGAGGGUUGGGGGGGCUGGGGGAGUUGGCGGGGUUGGGGGGAACGGAACCUGGGGGAGGGGGGGGUGGCGAGCCGGCAGCAGGGGCAGGGGGGGGCGCAGCAGCGGCGGGAGGGGGAGCGGGGGGAUGGCAGGGGCGCGGGUGGGCGCGCGUGGGGCAUGCUCUGAACGAGGGGCUGCUGCGCGCGACGCAGAGGCGGUUGCGCGUGGACGUGCAGUUGCUGUGGCGCUUCCUGCAGAUCCUGUGCCUGCAACUGGUGUCUAAGCGUGGACGGCAGCUGUGGCGCUUCCUGCAGAUCCUGUGCCUGCAACUG